AUGAAUUUGAGCCAAAGAAUCCCAUAUCCCUAGCAGACUCGUUCAGCCAAAGAUAACGCCUUUCUGCGUUCAGAGGAAAAAUCAAGCAAAGAUGAGACCGUUGACAACUCAAGUCCAUUCAAAACACCCCAAUUUCAAUUCUCUAUCUUCAGCCUAUCCAUUUCCCAUCCAGAUAAAAUCCAUAUCUGGCGCUAAGUGUACGAGAAUGAAGCCCUCCUCUUUUCCUGUCAUCCCAAAUGUCACUAACCUGCCAAGCGUAAAGAGUCAACUUGUUAAGAGUAGGAAUACCCAGAUCAAGAAAACCUAUGCAGAAAGUUCAAGAAAUCAUAAAUUACUAUCAGAGGAUUCCCAGAAACUUUCAAGAAACGAGUUUUGUGUAUCUGAAUCGAUGAGGUCAAAUGAGAAGAGGUCCAAAGUUUUGAUUUGGGGAGCUGUGUCAAUGGGAGUUGUGAUGUUUCUUAUGGGGCUUGGUGAUGAAAAGGCACUGGCUUUAGGUCCUGAAGGUCCAUUAAUGGAGGAGUUUUGGGACAAUAUGAGGCGAUAUGCAAUUUAUGUCCUGACAGUGAGUUCAGGUGCUUUGUACAUCGUUUUCCAGCCUGUAAUUGAACUGCUGAAGAGCCCCAUCACCGCAAUUCUCAUAGUGGCUAUCAUUGGAGGCAGCGUUUACAUCGUCUCUCAGGUGCUUUCUGCCAUGGUUGGCAUCUCCGACUUCAACUACGGUUAUAGCUACUAGGUAGAUCUAUCUAUAUAAAAAUAUGUGUUUCCUAUUUGGAAGUGUCGCUUGAUUUUACACUUUUUGUACACGAGUCAGGUCACGAGCAAUCAUUAUCAAAUUGGUUAAUGUAAUUUGAAUUUUGAAAUGGGUUUGUAUCUGAAAAAAUGAAAAUUAAUGUCUGUCAUCUAGUAUAUGAUCACAAACUUCAUAGCUCAAAGAAUGACUGAAUGAGCCUGCUGUAAAAGUCCAGUUACAGAGGCUCUUGAAUUCAGGUUUUUAUGCUACUUUUUCCAUUCAACC